GUGCCUUGUUUAAGAAUCCAGCAGCAGGGGGCGUCUAUGGCUGUAGCUCUGAUUAAGUCACUUCACUUCCGGCAUAAUGACAGGAUGAUGUUGUAGCAUCGGCGCCGAACAAAAUCCCAUCUCAAGGUGAUGGGGCCAGACAGUGUCCCAGGUCCAGCUGUGCCGUGGCGGAAGGUGCUGUGGGAGCAGCAGCCGUUCCCUGAUAACUAUGUGGACCAGCGGUUCCUGGAGGAAUUACGGAGGAAUGAGGGUAUCCGGCAGUACCGCUACUGGGCUGUGGUGAAAGAAGCAGGCUUUGUCGGAGAGCAGCUGUCCUGUGUGGCCAUUUUUAUCACCCUUUGGCUCUACAUGGAGCAGGGUCUGCUGUCCCCUGAGACUCUGUUGUGGACCAGCCUCGUCUCAGCCCUGCUUGGUUAUGGACUGCACCAAGCCUUGACAUCUCAAGUUCAGCCAGGCUGUGAGCCUCGGACGCGUCUGGCCGACUUACAGAGUGCCACUAUUUUUCUUUCCUUCACCUUUGGCUUCUCGCCAGUUCUGAAGACACUAACCGAGUCUGUGAGUACCGACACAGUGUAUGCCAUGUCUGCUGUGAUGCUGCUGGCCCACCUGGUGUCGUUCCCUUACGCCCAGCCCUCACCUCCUGGAAGCCUCUCCCUAAAUGCAGCCCUGUUUGCCUCUGUGUGUUUAGCCUCAAGGUUACCUGGGGCUCUACACACCUUCGCCAUGCUCAGCUGUGCCCUGCUGGUGUUCGCCCUGUGGCCCUGCCUGCUGCAUAGGCUGAGGGAGAAAGCCCCUCGCCAGUUUACUGGGGUGUGUGUGGGAGUGUGUAUCGGAGGAGUGGGUGGUCUGGGGUCCCAGUGGCCAGGGGGAGCUGUGCUCUUAGCCCUGGCCUUAGGGAGCGUUACAUUACUCUGCCCCUUGCUGCUCGUCAGACUGCAGAGGCACAAGGACAACAUCCAGGGACCCUGGGAUGAGGCUGAGAUUCACGAGGAUCUCAGCCACUUCCUUCACAAAUGGACAGAGCCAAGAGGAGCACAAGUUGCUGCUGACCUGACAUUUAAAAAAGGUGCAAGCCAAUUAAGAAUUUUAUAUGAAUGAAUUUACUGUUGGUUUGCAAUAUUAGGUCAGUGCUGUACAUCUAAGAAGACAAAUGCUAACUCUUUAAUCACUGGUUCACAUCUGUUUGGACAGCCGUGACAACUUUUUAUACUCUUAAAGAGAAUAUGAAGAUGUUUUUAAUGCGAUUGUCUUAUAAGUGUUGACUCCAGAAGUUGUAUGGAAGGUAUCGACUAACAUGUGACGGUUACUUACAUUACUGAACACAUUGUAAUGCUAUGCAACAGUUUGAUAUCAGUGAUUUAGUAUUUGUGGGAAAUGUUCCAUGUUUUUAUGGUUGUGUUUGCUGUUAGUGUUGCGUAUGAAUGGACGGAUGCAUAGCGUGUUAAAAUUAAGCAUUUGAAGUACAAAAAGUAAAGUUUACUCCAGGGAUUACCGGAUGGAAAUUGUACCUGGACUGCAGUGAAAGUGUAAUAUAUUUUAGAUGUGAAACAAUUAUCAAAUAGUUCGCAACUAUUUUGAUAAUCGAUUAAUAGUUUCAAGCAGUAAGCAAUGAUAAAACAAUUCAAAGAGUUCAGCCUCUCCACUCAGAUGAUUUCUUCCUAUGCUUUGUCGCAUAGCAUUGGAAACUAAAUAUUUUUGGGUAUUUUGACUCAUGUUUGGCUCUGUAAAGUUGUGAUGGACAUUUAUUGACUAUUUUUAGACGAUUAUUGAAAAAAAUGAUCGAUUAAUCGUAAUGAAAAUAAAUCGGUAGUUGCAGCCCUAGUGUAAAGCAACAAUAAUUAAAUAUUAGCCUCAAAUAUAUCGUCAGCGGUAUUAAUGCUUAUUUUAACUAGGUUUCCAUGUUCUGUUUUGUAUUGAGGGCCAGUUUGCUGGUCAGAAAUGAAUGACAGUAAUGAGAGCUUUUAUUAUAUUGAACCCUAACCUUUCUAAUAAUGUAGUAUUGCACAGCUAAACCUGGGAGAAGUCGAGCAUAACCCGCUCCUGUGGAGUAUCAUACAGGGCAGAAAUCUGCUGCAAUGUUGUCGAUAAUUUGGUCUUAUAAAUAUUAAAGAAUUUCCAAGAAACAA